AUGAUAUUUGGGUUGGGGAGGCUAUUUUAUGUUAUCCUCUUACUGAUUAAUGCAGUAGCUGUUUUAAGUGAAGAAAGGUUCCUAAGAAGAAUUGGUUUGGGAAGAAGUUCAAAUGAACAACCAGUCUUUGGACAAGAGGGGAAUACAACAAAAUCAAAGGUUAUACAGUUAAUUGGGGCUAUUCAAACCCUUCUAAGAAUUCCACUUAUUGGCAUUAACAUCCUUGUAAUUGGAUAUGAAUUGUUGUUAGGGUAA